AUAAACUUAACCAAAGUGUGUAGCGCGUUUAUCGGAAAAGAGACAUUCAGGACGAGGAACAGGGUUAAGGAUAGAAGAAUUAACACGUUUGGAAAAGUAGAGAAAGUGAUAUAAAGCGAUUUUCAAUCUUACAGUGUAGGCUGAAAACAUUGCAAGACAAAGUCAUGAAACUAUAAAAAGAGUGAAAAAAAGAAACGCUUGUCGAAGAAAACUAAAGAGGUUCUGCUCAGUGACGUGUCCACCGAAACGGCGUCAAAAUGAUGAUGGACUAUUUUGUGACGAAUAAUUCCUUGGCGCCCGCACCCAUGGGAAUACAGAGCACAGCGGGUGCGGUGCCUGUGAAGAACGACAAAGGUGAACUAUCGAUGAAAAAGGUCAAGGUGCAUCGUUACGUUUCUGGCAAGCGACCAGAUUACGCCGCAGCGAGCUCGGACGAGGAAUCAGAGGAAGAAGACUUUUUGGAGAAGCGUGUCCUCAAGAAUUAUGACGACAAUGAAACAGUCACGGACGUUCCGGCGCAUUCGCACGCGAGGACUAGGGAUGAGGACGACCCGCGUCUACGAAGAUUAACACGGCAGAAGGAGGCUCCGACCGAGAUACGCACCGAGAGGCACAGGCAUAUCCACGAGCCCGAGCUGAUCGAGAUAGAGCUGGAGAGAACGCGCGAAAGGAUCAAAUUGGAAAGUUCCGACACGUCCGAGGAUGAGGAAUUGUCCGAUUCCGAGAUAGAGAAACGGCGAGAGGCGCUGAAGCAGCGUGUACUCUCCAAGAAGGACACGGAGGAGGAAUUGAUACAAGGCGAGGAGGAGGAGAGAUCGGGCGAGAGCUCGGAAGAGAGCUCAGAUUACGAGGAAUAUACCGACUCCGAGGAGGAGACGGGGCCGCGGUUGAAGCCCGUAUUCGUCCGCAAGAAGGACAGAAUCACGGUGAUGGAGAAGGAGAAGGAGGCGAUGCGGCAAAAGCAAGCGGAGGUCGAGGUAAAGAAGCUGGCCGAGGAGCGCAAACGGCAGACACUGAGAAUGGUGGAGGAGGCAGUGCGGAAAGAGGCACAAGUUGGCAAGGGCAACGUCGAGCAGGAGAGCAAACUGAAUGACGUUUGCACGGACGACGAGAACGACGAAGUAGAGUACGAGGCGUGGAAGUUGCGCGAACUUAAGAGAAUCAAGCGAGAUCGUGAGGAAAGGGAGCAGAUGGAGAAGGAGCGUCUGGAGAUCGAGCGUAUACGCAAUAUGACAGAGGAGGAGCGAAGGCAGGAGGCACGACUGAAUCCGAAAGUGAUCACCAACAAAGCGGCCAAAGGAAAGUAUAAGUUCCUACAAAAGUACUAUCAUCGUGGCGCGUUCUAUUUGGACAAGGACGACAAUAUAUUUAAACGCGACUUUUCCGGCGCCACUUUGGAGGAUCACUUUGACAAGACGAUCCUGCCGAAGGUCAUGCAAGUGAAGAACUUUGGCCGCAGCGGCAGAACCAAGUAUACUCAUUUGGUGGAUCAAGACACUACGCAAUUUGACUCGCCGUGGAUAUCGGAGACUGCGCAAAACCUCAAGUUUCACAAUAAUCAAGCAGCUGGUAUGAAGCAGGUUUUCGACCGACCUUCUCUGAAAAAGCGGAAAGCUGAAAAUUAGGCAAUAACGCCACACCACGUACCUUUUCUUCUCCUUCUCUUGUUUUUGUUGCUUUUUUAUUUUUAUUUAGUAAAUACAUAUAGAAACAUUUGUACAAAUAUCAUUGCGUCGCAAUAAAAACGAUUUAUGGAAAUUAAAAGCGACAGCUUAUAGAUGCAAAAUACAAAUGAUAUAUCCACUCAUGACGUCACUGUCAUGAAAUACAAGUAGACUAAUUUUGUGAUAUUUCGUCGGUCCCACAUGAUCCUGUCUUUUAGAAAUAGAGAGUACAAUAACAUGAUUUAUAUAUAUGCAAAUAUAUUUUAUAUACGAACGAAAUUUCAUAGGCACAUAAUAAUAAUUAGACUGGAAAGUAUUACGUA